AUGAACACGUCCCUCUCUUCCCACCCAAGACCAGUCCUCCGCCUAUACGAUGCCGAAUUCUCGGCCUCCCUUCCUCCCUCCACACUUACUAUCGCGUUCGUCUCGCCGUCGUAUCCGAGUACGGGCAUUGAAGGCGGCUUGUUGCAUCGCACAGCAGGAAUGUCAGAUGUAGUGGUUGGGCCAACACUUCCCAUCAGGAGACAGAAGUCAAAACAUCUGGCGGGGAGGCGAUCUGUUGGAGGGAGCACCGAUAAAAGCUUACAGAAUAAGAAACCUGUGGUAGAGCGUCGGUCUGAUAGAUUGUGGUUUGUGUUCGGUCUCGCUGUACAGCGAGAGGACGGCGAACUUGACGGGUGGUGGGAUCGUCUUGGAAAGUAUAUUUCGGCGGUGCAGAUCAAGAGAACGGAGGAAGCAAGGGAUGAAAAAGAGAUGCGUAAAGAUAUCUCUCGUAGUGUCGGUGAUGGGUCCAUCAAUAGACUGGGGAACGUGCCAAAGGAGACCGCCAGCCAACGAGACACGCUCGCUGCCGUACUCGUUGCAUCAAGGAGACGGAGAAGGCGAGGGAUGAAGAAGAAACGCGAAAAGAUAUCUCUUGUCGUGCUGGUGACGCCCACAUCCAGCGACGCAUCAAUGGAGACCGCCAAUGAACGGGUUUUCCUUGAAGCUGUUGGAAUCCGGCUUCUCAAUGGCCUUUUCCUCGAUGACAUGAGCAGGCUGCCUCGAGGAACUCCUGCCUACAGGAUGCCAAAUUCUGUCAACCUUCUACUCAAAAUUGACUCGCUGACGCGUCGUCUAUGCGAACCGAGCCCUAGCAUCGUUCAAGUUGAGAGACUGCCACCGUUGGAGGUGCAGAUCAAGGAUUCCCGCGCUAAGGAAUCGAACAAAACCUUGACGGGCGAUGAGCGGUUGUUUGCGUGCGCAUCUUCGAUCGAGCAAAGACAAGGAGAUAAGGAAUGCUGGUGGUCGAUCGAGGUAUUGUGUACCCAAGUCGAUGCGUAUCCUCGGAUGAUGGUGGUGGACGAAAAGGAGUUCUGAUCCCGCUCCCGACUCCGAUCGGUGGGA